AUGAUUGCAAUUGUCACGGGAAGCCCAAGAAAACAGAAAGAAAUAGAAAAGUAUAUUGACGGACGCAUUGAGUAUACCUUCGUAUCCCACGAUCUUGUAGAGAUCCAGGGAACGUCUCUGGAGGUGGUGAAGCACAAGCUUCUGUCGGCGCACAAGCUAGUGAAUGGCCCGGUUUUAGUCGAAGACUACUCUCUAUACAUAGACAUUCUGUGCGGGUUCCCUGGGCCGUACGUUAAGUCUCUGCUGGGCAAUGGAGAGCUAGGCAGAAUAGUAAAAAAUCUCUCUCCUCUAGGGGAGAUAGCAUGCACAGCAGAGUGUGUGUACGGAUAUAUUGAUGCAAAUGCAGAAGUCCACAUAUUCACGCAAAAGUCUCGGGGAGUGCUCGUUCCCUCAGAAGAAGAGGCGUCGGGCUUAUUUGGAAUCGACCAACUUCUGGUGCAGGAGGGCACGUCCAAGCCAUUCCACUACCUGGAGGACGCAGAAAAGGACGAGCACUCUGUCAGAAGGAAAACACUGGACAAAGUGAUCAAGCACAUAGAGGAGUCUGGCCUCACACCCCAGGCCAGAAGCAAGCCUUCGCUGUGCGUGGAAAAUAGCUAG